AACGCAUUGCAAAUUCAUUAGGCCAGCAAGUGCUCUGCAAGACAACACGCUCCGGUAAAGCAAUAUUCGACAAGCCAAAAUAAUUCGAUAGCAAAGUGAGGACAACCAGGAUGUCACGUAUUAGCUGGAUACCGUUUUUGACGUGUGCAGUACUUUGCCUGCAAACAGCAACGCCACAAAUAGCUGUGGACUUUGAAUUAUGUCGCUACAGUGAUCCGGUGUGUAACACAAAUGUUGCCAAGCUGCUGCUAAAAAAAUACGCCACGACCGGUGUGCGUUCAUUGAAUUUCCCGCCCGUCGAUCCACUGAAUAUUAAAUCACUGAAAUUGCCGCCAAAUCCAAACAGUGCCAUAAAUGUAGGCUUGUCCUUCACAAAUGUUAACAUACGUGGUUUGUCGAACGCGCAAAAUAUCAAAGUCGACGGUUUCACACGGGAUGUCUCCGCACCGAUAACACUGAGCUGCACCGUGCCGAAGGCAACUUUUAGAGGUGCCUACGAAGGCGAUGGCACAAUUCUUGGCGCAAAUUUCAAGGGCAAAGGCAACUGCGAAAUAGAGCUAACUGAUAUAAAUUUAAAUUGCAAAAUAGAUGCCAAAUUAGUGCAGAAGGACGGCAAGAAUUAUUUAGUUAUAAAUAAUGUAUCAUUGGGUAUUUCGAAACCAGCAAGUGUACACUAUCAAUUUGAUGGCCUCUACAAUGGCAAUCCAGAAUUGACCGCAACAGCAAACGAUUUCCUGAACGCCAAUUCAUUUGAAGUAUACGAAGGAAUGCGUCCGGGUAUACAAGAGAUUUUUGCAGUGCUCGUGCAAGAGUAUAUGGGAAAAGUGUUUGGUAAAUGGGCAUACGAUGAUCUCUUCGUGCCUCAAUAAAAUAGUGAAAUGUAAAUGAGAGUAAUCAACAUAUUUAUGUAUACAAAUAAAAUAGCAAUAAAGUAGAGAGUGAAAAGAUAAAAAA